AUGCAGAGACGCGAGCAGCUGGUCCAGGGUACAGGUGCCAGCCUGCCGAGCCAGAGCAUCGUGCUAACGCAUCCGUACGUCCUCCAGUGCCAGAGGCUCGACAGCCUGGGCGUUGGCAAGCAGUAUUGCCUGUGGACUUGUCAUGACAACCUGCUGAAAGCAAUCUCCAGGUCAGGCCUCCAGCACUUGGCUCCUGUGCAUUCCCUCAACAUUGCAGUCUCCAAUGGACCUGUGAAGGAACCAAGGGCGGCCUUAGAGUGGACUGAAAAUGCUGUGAAUGGAGAGCAUCUGUGGCUGGAGACAAAUGUUUCUGGGGACCUCUGCUACCUGGGAGAGGAAAGCUGCCAAGUCAAAUUCUCAAAAUCUGCUCUGCGGAGGAAGUGUGCUGCCUGCAAGAUUGUGGUCCACAACGCGUGCAUGGAGCAGUUAGAGAAGAUUAAUUUUCGGUGCAAACCAACUUUCCGAGAAGGAGGCUCCAGAUCCCCAAGAGAAAACUUUGUCCGACACCACUGGGUGCACAGGCGGAGGCAGGAGGGGAAAUGUAAGCAGUGUGGAAAGGGCUUUCAGCAGAAAUUCUCCUUCCAUAGUAAAGAGAUCGUGGCCAUCAGUUGUUCCUGGUGCAAGCUGGCGUUUCAUAACAAAGUCACCUGUUUCAUGCUACAUCACAUUGAGGAGCCAUGUUCCCUGGGGGCUCACGCUGCUGUCAUUGUGCCUCCCACUUGGAUCAUUAAGGUGAAGAAACCUCAGAACUCAUUAAAGACUUCAACACGGCGGAAGAAGAGAACGUCUUUUAAAAGAAAAGCCAGCAAAAGAGGCAAUGACGUAGGUAUUCAAGACAGCAAAGGUCGGCCAUUUGUGAUAAAGCCUAUCUCCUCUCCACUCAUGAAACCACUGCUGGUUUUCGUCAAUCCAAAAAGUGGAGGGAAUCAGGGCACCAAGGUUCUCCAAAUGUUUAUGUGGUAUUUGAAUCCACGCCAGGUCUUUGAUCUCUCUCAGGAAGGGCCAAGAGAUGCGCUGGAGCUGUACAGAAAAGUGCCAAACCUGCGGAUCCUGGCCUGCGGCGGGGACGGCACGGUGGGCUGGAUCCUCUCCAUCCUAGAUGAGCUGCAACUCAGCCCCCCGCCUCCUGUGGCUGUCCUUCCACUUGGCACUGGGAAUGACCUUGCCCGCACCCUCAACUGGGGUGGGGGUUACACAGAUGAGCCAGUGUCCAAGAUCCUGUGCCAUGUAGAAGAUGGGACCAUUGUCCAGCUGGACCGCUGGAAUCUCCAGGUUGAGCGCAACCCUGAUUUGCCCCAGGAUGAGCUGGAGGAUGGGGCACGUAAGCUUCCACUCAGUGUCUUCAAUAAUUACUUCAGUCUUGGAUUUGAUGCACAUGUCACACUGGAAUUCCACGAAUCUAGAGAAGCAAAUCCAGAGAAAUUCAACAGCCGAUUUAGAAAUAAAAUGUUUUAUGCAGGGGCAGCCUUUACAGACUUUCUGCAAAGAAGCUCGAGAGAUUUAUCCAAGCAUGUUAAAGUUGUGUGUGAUGGUACAGACCUGACUCCAAAGAUCCAGGAGCUGAAGUUCCAGUGUAUAGUGUUUUUAAACAUACCCAGGUAUUGUGCUGGCACAAUGCCCUGGGGAAACCCUGGAGACCACAGAGAUUUUGAGCCUCAGCGGCAUGAUGAUGGCUACAUCGAAGUCAUCGGGUUCACCAUGGCCUCGCUGGCUGCUCUCCAGGUGGGUGGUCAUGGAGAGAGGUUGCAUCAGUGCCGUGAGGUGACGCUCUUAACCUACAAGUCUAUCCCCAUGCAAGGGGUGGGGGAGCCAUGUCGACUGGCUCCCUCACUCAUUCGGAUCUCCUUAAGGAACCAGGCCAACAUGGUGCAGAAGAGCAAGAGGAGAACAUCUAUGCCUUUGCUGAAUGAUAUCCAUAAAGUGCAGUCUGCUGACCUGAGGAGAGUCUCAGCUCCCCCCGAUUCCUUCACUGU